AUGUCUACGAAUCAAAAGGAUGAUGUCUCGACUUCAACUUUGCGAAGCUCAGAUAAUAUAUUUGUUCACCAAAGCAUCAGUGGGACUUUUAUUCAGCCAUCUAAAAUAGGAUCCAUCGAAGAAGAGGCCGACUUCGUCUAUAUCGGACAUAAAAAAUGUUCUAAAUGUGAAUUGAUUGAUGCCUUUGAAGGUACCUUAAGGCCUGGGCUUCCUCCGCCACCGGUACACAAGUUCGCUAACCCAUCACCGCUGGGACUUUCUGGUUUUGCAUUAACCACAUUUGUUUUAUCCAUCUAUAAUACAAGAGCUCAAGGGAUCCAUAUUCCAAACGUAGUUGUUGGUGCAGCUCUGUUUUAUGGCGGAAUAGUACAAUUAAUUGCCGGUAUUUGGGAAAUUGCUGUUGAAAAUAUAUUCGGUGCCACGGCAUUAUGUUCAUACGGUGGAUUCUGGUUGAGUUUUGGGGCCAUUCACAUACCAUGGUUUAGAAUACUAGAUGCCUACGAAAAUGAAGAAAGGGAAUUACAAAAAGCACUGGGAUUUUAUCUUUUGGGAUGGUGCAUAUUCACAUAUGGUUUAAGUGUAUUCACCAUGAAAUCGAUGAUCAUGUUUUUUGCACUAUUUUUCUUGCUGGCGACAACAUUUUUACUGCUAUCAAUAGGUAAUUUUGCCGGCAAUAAAAGUAUCAUCAAGGCUGGCCAUGUUCUAGCUACCAUAGUGGCAUUUAUCGCAUGGUAUAAUGAUGUUACAGGUCUCGCGAAUAAAGAGAAUUCGGAUUUACGACCACGUUCUUUCCAGAUACCAGUUCUUAACAUGGUCUAUAAACGAAAAAAUAGGCACGAUUUCGAUGAAAUGAUCAAGAAUCGUGUCCCUUGGUCACAGUACUAUAUAAAACAGUAUAUAACUCAAAGACGGUAUUCUAAAUUGUGA